AUGACUUCAAAUUGUUUAACUAACGCAACCUCAAUAACUUCAAUUAUGUUCGACAAAACUAAUUUAGAUGAAUUUCAAUAUGAAACGAGUGGAUUUCCGUAUAAUUUAGCUUCGGUUGAAUUCAAAGACCAAACACUGACAUUUCCACCCCCAAUUGAUUUCAAUGCUAUGACACUAGAAUUUAACAAAACUAUUUCGAAUCCAAAUGAAAUUUAUGCAAACACAUAUUGUUGCGAUGGAUACACCGAACUAGUAUCCGUAUUCUCCGAUGGAUUUUAUUAUCGAACAUUUGGCGAUUCGAAAUGGAUAAAGAUACCAGUUACUCAAGAAUUUGUUAGUUUUGUUAAUACUUUUGAAAUGAACAAUCAACGUGUAUUUGUAAUUGGAACCGAGCUACAUUUAUAUGUAUCUUAUGACUCAUGCUUAACAUGGGAAUUAACAUAUACAUCAUCAAACUAUCGUACAUUAAAAUUCUGCUACUGGAAUCAAUAUUUACAAGCAGCGAUAUUAGGAACAUAUAAUGGAGGAGUAUUGUGGACUACCGACUUAAAGAAUAUCAACUUACUGGUUUACAACGGUGCUUGGACUUUCAUGGUUCAUGGUAACAUAUUAGGAAAUUAUUUGUAUUAUUCUAGCGGCGAAAAGGGAAUGAAUAGAAUUGAAUCAAAAACAAAUAUAACAAGGUUAAGAGAUGAUACUAAAGGUAUAGCGGUUAAUGAAAACAACCGAUUAUUUAUGGGUGAUUUAUCAUACUCUGACGAUUUUGGCACAACUUGGACAUACAAUAAUCAAUUUAGUUUAUCUGGUGGUUCCAUAGGAAUUAAUGCUAUUCGAAAUGUGGUGAUUGCAACAGGAAUAGGAAUGAAUGGAGUAAUAUAUUUAAGUAAAGAUUAUGGAGAAACAUAUGCAGAAAUAGAUACGGGUAUAAACGCGGAAAUAUAUAACGUUAAUUUUGUUGAUAAAGGAAAUAGUUUUAGAGUUGUAUUUUCAACAUCAAACGGUCUUUACUGGAAAGAUUAUGAUUUAUUAAAUCUUUCAUUCACUAAACUUUCGUUCACCAAAUCUGAACCGUUUGGUAUUGGAACAGAUGGAAAAGGUAAAUGGGUUGUAGGAUCAAACAACAGUUCCGCAAUACACUUUUCUAAUGAUGACGGACUUACUUGGAGUGAAGCAAGUACACCGGUAGAUAAAUGGAUAAGAGACGUCGCGUAUGGAAACGGAACGUUUGUUAUAUGUGGCGAUUAUACUCAAAUUUAUUCUUCAACUGAUAUGAAUACCUGGACAAGUAGCGGAUAUAGAAGUAGAUGGAACGCAUGUGCUUAUGGUAAUGGUGUGUGGGUAUUCGGAACUCACGAUUGGAGUGGUAUAUCUUAUUCAUCUGAUUUGAACACAUUUACCAGUUCAAAUAUUAAUUCAUCAUCGACAUCAUGCCGCAAAGUUAUAUUUGCAAAUAAUGAAUUUGUAGCCAUAGAAUAUCAAAAAUUAUAUAGAUCAACAGAUGGAUCUAAUUGGACACUUAUAAGAACUAUUCCCGGUUCUUCAUCAGAAUCGUUAUGUUACGGUGGAGGAUAUUAUAUAGUAUGUUUAAACACAUGUAUAAUAGUUUCAAAAGAUCUUUCAACAUGGAAUGAAUACAUGACCGGGUAUAACUGGAGAACAUGUGCAUAUGGAAACAAUAAAUGGAUUAUUAUUAAUAAUAACGGAGAGGUAUAUGUGUCAUUAGAUUGUAUGAAUUUUUCAUUAGUGUAUAACGUGACGCCAAGUAAUGAUGUUUGGACUAAAUUUGGUAAAAAUCACUUCGUUAUCAUGGUCUUUAGUGGUGAAUUUUAUAUAUCAAAUUAA